GUUCAGUGUCAAAGUCAACUUAUUAAACGCAUUAAAUCGUGCGCAUGUGCGACUCGGCGUGUCAAUGGGUUUAUCUAGUUGUGUUAAUGGGAGUUUAAAUGUUGUGCGCUAAUUUGCUCGCGAAGAACAGGUGAAAGUUUAUUUUCGAUUCGUGGCGAUGGAAGGCGAGGCAGGUGCAUCGGGGGUGUGACCGAUCCGAGCCCAGCCAGUGGUAAAAGAAACCCCUCGGGACCCCCUCGAUCGAUCCCGCCUCUUGGAAAUCAAGCCAAACAAGGCGGCCAAAUCAAAACAGCGAAACACCCCCGGAAAGGAAGAGGACGACGUCGGGGCGCAUCCUGCGAUGGCCGGCAGGCCGUGAUUGCGACAGGACGAGGAAGCGAAGGACGAACCCCGAUAAAAAAAAUCCCGGCGAGCUGCCGUGCUAAAGAACAAUAAAAACAAGUUUUUAAUGAGAAAAUAAAACCGACGCGAAAAUUUAUCGUCGCGAAAAAGCCGCUAGGUGCCGUAAAUCAGUUUUGCCGGGCAGGAGCGGCGUUUUUUUAUAAAUCAGGCGGAGGCCGGCCGAGAUGAAAGUGGUGGAGAAAUUGCAGGCCGUGCCGGAGCCGGAGUGGAUCCUGGACAGGACCGGGUCCGGGCCGCUGUAUUGGCGGCGCGAGUCCCCGGAGUACAAUUCCAGGGUGAAAUUCCGGUUCGACGUGGAGGUGAAGGAGUUCCAGAGGAGCGCCCACGAGCUCGAGGACACCCAUCAAUGGACGCAGUGCGUCCACGAGUCCACCCCAUUGACCGUGGGUCUGACUUGCAUCAUCUGCCUGGCCGUGACUGUGAUACUCCCGUGGUACAUCAUGAUCGGACCCAACUAAACUGUGAUGGUGGUUGUGAUAUUAUUAUUUAGGUUUUGCACGGACAAUUGUGAUGCAUCUCACGUAAAUAAAUUGAGUUGCUCUUAUUUUCGUGUGUUUGAAGUGGUGUUCUUCGGAGCGUGUUUUAUGUCGGAUCGGGAGCUAAAAUUGGAAGAAGUCUAAUGAUGCGGUUGAAGUAGAAGAUGAAAUAAGGCUUUUGGCGUACCGGCAAGAAGUAUGUGAGAUAAAAGAAGCUCAUUUAUAUCGAAUGUCGUAAAAAGUGCAAUAACCAGAUAUUACCUCGUCUUUGAUUUAUGAAGCUCGGGAGUUGUCAAUAUUUGUUCUUUUUGGAGGAACGAGUUAUCGGAGUGUAACGCGAAGCGACUUGGGGUGUCCGAGAAAUGGAAUUUACACAAUGUAGAGAUUGUGUAGUUCUUCGGGUAUUGCUGUAUUUUAAGGCGUUUUGAAUUUUGAUACUUUUCGCUGUAUUUCGUCGUCGUAAAAUUUAUUCGGAGCAGUAUUUACUACUUUUGUCGCUCGUAAAUUAUGGUUUUAUUUAUUGUGUAAUUAAAAAUAUUUAUAUGUAA